ACGUUACCUAUACUUUCGAUGCAGGAAGUUCAACAUAGAGUCAUGCAUAUGUAUAGAUAGACCUUCAAGUCGGAAACAGUCUAGUUCCUCUAGUCACCGUGAUGCGUGUGAUUAUGUUGUGGAUGUCCGCCUACAUGGCAGUGUCGUUGGUCAGCUUAGCGGAGAUCUCUACUGCACUGGCUGGAUCGUCGACGCACCACAGUGUUGCAGAAAAUCUUGUACGAAUGGCUACAAGUUUGACAAGCUUCGCCACUAGCGAAAUCGACUCCAGAAGAGCUUCUGAGCAUACACAGAUGGCAUCAGACCUCGACCAACACGCAAGAACAAUGCGAUUAAGCGAAUACAGCCCGUAUUCGAGCAACCCCUACGACCUCGGGUCCAGCAAUCAAUGCAGCUACCCUCAACUGCAUGUGUGCAAUUUCGAGAGCGGUUAUACUGUUCCUGAGUACGUAGCUCGAGUUCUUCAACAAUACAACAGUUUACUCAACGAGAUGCAUGAAACGAUUUCUUCAGUUCUGUCGUCCGGAUGCACUAAGACUUGGAUGAACUUCUUGUGCAAAGCCACCGUUGGCCCACGAUGCAUUUCAAACACAACAGUUCGUUACCAAACCAACAACUAUGACAUUUGUCGCCAAGUAUUUUCAUCAUGUCCAGUAAGCUCAACCACUAGCAGCACUUACUGUCAAACUCUCUCGUCAAUAAUUACAUACCCUGCAGGAACAUUUUCUCUAACCAGCUGCCGAGUUUUCAACGUCGACGGGUGCGCGAAUACUCUCCCGUCACCAGACUGGCUUGCUGCCCUAUUAGAACACCAAACACAGUCAAGUUCUCUUGACGACGGAGCAAGAGCACUAUCCCUCUCGGGCAGUUGCAAGAUCAAUUACAUCAAACUGUUUUGCACUCAUCCUACAUGCGGAUCUAAUGGACGUCUACAAGGUUACCGAAGCUCAACUCAAUGCCACAACGUCGCAAACUGCAUCAGAGACAGCGAAAGUCGAAAGCUUUUUUCUACUGUCAAUCUAUGUGACGAUUUGGGGACGCUAAAGCAUUCGAGCGUUUGUGCUGGAGAAACCGAAUCGUGCACGUCGGGAGCUGCUAGCACUACGUACUACGUUGGAAUUUCUAUUGCAUGGUCGAUGUUGGCUCUCAUCAAGAACUGCUUGUAAGUCCAACAAAGAGAUAUUCAACAGUGAGUUAUUCACAGACAUCUAUAUAACUCAUAUUGCAUUGCGACUUACAUUAAUUUCUUUGAUUGUUUGCUGUUAGAGUUUGGCUGAGUGCGGCUGGCUCUAGAAAAACUCUUUUUUACUGCGUAUUGGAAACGCGAGAAGUGCGUGUAGACUCAACUAGUGUUAAUCUCUUGCUGCCUUCUGUUUUUUGUCUAGCCAAUGUUUGUUACAAGUAGUCAGCGUUGUAAUUGCUUCAAUUAUUACGAAUAGAUGUUAGCAGACAAAA